UCUUUCAUCCGCUACAGAAGUGCAUCGGACGGCGCUCCAAUAUCGGCAUUUCACGUACCCCAUCUGGUUGCCGUUUUGGGCAAACCUGACUUCACCUAAACGUCACCUGACGCAUUACGCUUGCCGGAAAUGGUGUCGGAGGAAAAGCUCGUUAGGCGGCUCAGGGAAUUCCUCAGUACGUCAGACCUUAACACGACGACAAAUGCUUCCGUUCGCCGGCAACUCGAGAAAGACUUCGGCAUCGAUUUGUCCGACAGAAAGUCCUUUAUCCGUGAACAAAUCGAUAUCUACCUAGAACAAGCUCCGACCCAAAAUGCGGAAAAACCAGAGGCAGAGCAGCCCGCUGAGAAGAUAAAAUCGGAGUGUGACGGCUGUGAAGAGAAAGAAGGCGAGAAAGAAUCGUCCACUGCCGCAGCAAAUGAGGCAGACGAAGAAGAGGAAUCAGAAGAAGUGGAGGAGGGCGAGGGAGAUGAGGAGGUGAAAAACUCCAGUAAAAAGAAGAGAAAGCAGAGUAAGGAAGUCAGUAAGAGAGGGAAUGGAUUUACCAAACCAUGCAACCUUUCUUCCCAACUUCAAGAGUUCAUUGGGGAAUCACAAAUGGCAAGAACUCAGGUGGUAAAGCAUAUGUGGAACCACAUUCGAGAAAAUAAUUUGCAAAACCCUUCUAAUAAGAGGAUAAUAAAUUGUGACGAUAGAUUGCGUGAACUUUUUAAGGUGGAUUCCAUAGACAUGUUUCAAAUGAACAAGGCACUGUCAAAGCAUAUUUGGCCACUGGACUCUGAUGGGGCUUCAGUGUCUGCUAGCGCAACACCAAAGAAAAAGAAACCUAAGCCAGAGAGUGACGAAGCUUCAUUGUCUGCUAGCUCAGCACCAAAGAAAAAGAAACCUAAGCUGGAGAGUGAUGAAGCUUCCGUGUCAGCUAGUUCAAGACCAAAACAAAAGAAAUGUAAGCCAAAGAGUGAUGAAGAUUCUGAUGAGCCAAAGGGUGGGGAAAAGAGGAAGAGUGGGAUUCUUGCUCCACUUCGCCUCUCAGAUGCUCUGACGGAGUUCCUUGGCACUGGUGAAAGUGAAUUGUCAAGGCCUAGUGUUGUCAAGAGAAUAUGGGAUUAUAUCAAGCAAAACAAUUUGCAGGAUCCAUCUGAUAAGAGAAAAAUAGUAUGUGAUGAUAAACUGAAGGAGCUCUUCAAAGUCGACACAUUCAUCGGAUUUUCAGUCUCCAAACUUCUGAAAGAUCACUUUACGAAGGUGUAGCAGGGAGCUUUGUUCAUCUCUCAUCAAUGGAACCUGGUUUUUUACGGGAGUUUGAACCACAGUACUAAGUUACUAACCAUUUUCUCUUGCUUAGUAUGUUGUGUAACUUGAUAGUACUAUGAGAGCUCUGGUUGGGUUCUGUUUUUCAGGGGGUGGGGGUUCGAAAUGAACUUUCAGCUCAAGUAAUCCCCCAUUUUGUGCAGUCCCUCCUAAAAACAGUGCUUAGGGUUGAAUAGUUAUUUUUGUUUUGGCAAUGUAUGCUCAAAUAGUUCCUUUAAACAUUCCCAAUGGUUAGUGUAUGCAUAAAAUUGCUACAUAUAACUGUCUCUCUCUUAUGCGGUUACAUGUCUAUAAAUAUGUGAGCAGACACUGAUGGAAGUACACAAAAUCACUAUUGUGCAAAUGAAUAGAUUCAACAUCUACUAAAAAAACUAGUCUCUAUCUAUACAAAAGGCUCAUGAAUUCUAUUCUCUGGGCACUGCCUAAUAAGAUGGACUUUUAAAGUGCAAAACCUUUUUGCUAUAUACACCAUGUGCAGUGUACCAGAUACCCUGCUCAGUCAAUAAUCACACCCACCCACUAACAUUAUACAACAUAUCAUCUCUUUCUAUCUUUAAUUGUAGAAAAAGGGACAUGUUCAGCGUGGCUAGUCAUCAUCAUCUUCGUGUUUUGAAGGUCUAUGCUGCUGCAUGACCAGAACUGAUCCACAAAAAUCAAAUUCUGCAGACGCCAAAAAGUCUCCUACUUUUCCAAGCUCUGGACAUUCUUCCCAAUCACUGAUUCCUGUUGUCAGUGAUGCUGAAAGGAACCUUAUAACAGUGAGGUUGAUGUGAUUAUGCAUUCCCAGGCGUUUGCUGAACCCUAAAGCCUCCCGAUCAUCGGGCCCACCGAAAAAUAGGGCCGCGAUGUGUUGCAAAGAAUCGGAGCCUGUGAGGUUCAACGAGCCUGCCGUGAGACCGCGGUCCACCAGAAUGGCAACGGCACAUGGUGCAUGACGAAGCACUUUCUGGUUCGUCGUCCUUAUGCCUUCUUUACUAGUCUCCAGCUUCCCAUCUAUUCUCUGGUGCUUGUGGAAUGGAAGGAGAACAAUGGAAGCUCUUAUAUCCUCAGCAUAGUCACACACAUCUUUAUACAUACUUGCAAAAGGCGCCACCGCUUUGAUCUGAUGAACCAUCAACCCUGUCUCGGCCGUGAAUAGAUCCACAGCGUCGUUUAUCUCCACAACAUCGUUCCCACCAUAAUCGUCAUCAUCACUGACCUCAUCUUCUUCUUUUUGGUUGUACAUCAAGUUGGUAUUGCUUUUCCCUGGGAGCUCAACCAGGUGCAUUAAGUAAGGGGUGAGGGGAAUGUUUUCAGGACCUCUUGAUGCUGCUAUGAGGCCUACCAUGGUCGCCACAGGCCGAGGACUGUGUACACAUGCGAGGGUCCGAAGCUCACAUUCUGGGGUUUGAGUUUCGAAGUAUAUUUGUCUGUAGCCUAUGAUGUCCUGUUCCCUUCUCACCAUCAAAGCUAUGAUGGGCCCCCAUAUCAAUGAAUUUAACACUACCGCUGAUAUCAUCAAGCUGAAGAAUGUGUCACUCAAUAUAAUCUGCAUGUACCAUCAAUUCACCUUUACUCAUCCUUAUAAUAAGUUUAAUGUCUCAAAAACAAGGGUGUAAUAUUUUAAAAACAAAAUGCUACUGUUUCCC